CAAAACAAUAACAUCAGUGGAGGAGUGGAACUUCCUGAAAAUCAGCCUGGAAUCCUGAGAUACAGCCAUGCCUCUCUGUGCACAUUUCGUGAGUGGAAAGUGCAGUUUUGGCAAUAAAUGCCACAACAGUCAUGUGGACGUGGCUCAUGUUAUCCAGGACGAAAUGAAGACAUCUAUUCACGGUAAGCAGUGGCCACUGAGUAGCUUCAGUCCCUUCAAAGAUGAGCCCUCACUGCCGGACUUCCUGGAGGAUCAGUCUUACGAGGAGGUGCGCUGGAAUUUCAUGCUGGCCAAGGUGGAGAAUCGCCUACCACAGUUCCAGGAAGAGUUCAAGCGGGCCACAGUGCAGGCAUUUGACAAGAUGUCGAAACUCUCAAUCCCCGACGCGGCUGUGAAGAGCUACUUGAUAGACAUUUACGGAGUGAAUGGCAGAAGACAUCGGCAGAUGAAAGCGGGAGGAACUUACGGCAACGCCUUCAGUAUGGCCACCGGAGAUGGUGGCGGUCGGUCAAUCUUCGACAGGAUCUCCAGCAAUGCCACCACCGAAACGAGCACCUUUGGCGGCUCCAACAGCAGUUCCUUCAGCGGAGGCUCGAUUUUCGGUGGCGGAUCCACAUUUGGAACUUCUGCGACACCCCAGAAGAGCAUCUUCGGCCAGCAAAGUGUCUUUGGGCAGACUCAGCAGGCCACGCAGUCAAUCUUCGGACAAACUCAGGCCGUGCAACCCACAAAUUCCUUCUUCAAAAUGUCCCAACUGGGAGCACCUCAGGCUGCGAGUGGCGGGAAUAUCUUCGCGCAGCCGAUGCAGACGCAGCAAGUGACUUUCGGCGGGCAGAACGCCUUCGCUACCCCUGCGAAUCCACCACAGAUGACUUCAAUCUUUGGUGGAGGAUUCAACAACGCCCAGGCGCAGCCCAUGAGCACAGACAGUAUUUUCGGGGGCGGUGGCGGCGGAUCUUUCUCUCAGCCGACAACGGUGUUUGGCCAGAAUGCGCCCCAAUUCGGUCAAUCAUCUGUGCUGGCUCCAGCCUCCUUUGCCACUCCUGCGCCGCAAAGUGUCUUUGGCCAGCCAGCGGCAUCGCCUCAAAUCCAGCCAACGAAUGUCUUCGGCCAGAUGAACAUUCAGCAGCCCGUGCAGAACACUUUCCAGCAGUCUGCUCCGGCGUCUGUCUUCGGAACUGUGGCUACUGCACCUCCUCCGCCACCCCCAGUGAGUUCCGUCUUCAGCGCCCCUUCUCCUUUCGCCGCUCCGGCUGCUCCUCCAGCACUGCCGCUUCCCCAACUCCAGCAACCGCCUCAACAGCAGACGCAGCAGACAAACCCGACCUUCUUCGCCACGCCACAACCCCCGGCAGCUUCUGCAAAUCCUGCCCUGUAUAGCAAACUUGAGAAUCUGACGCCGGCGGACCUCGAGGCAUUCAAGGCAGACACCUUCGUGCUGGGGAAAAUCCCAACAGUUCCACCCCCAAUAGAAUUGUGUGGUCUGUGACUU